AUGUUCUCUCCAGACGGUAACCGGCGUAACACGCAAGGCGAGCAGCAAGGCGUGUCGGACAAGCGACCGUCUGACGGCGCAACUAGCAGCGAGCCGGCGGAGGGAGCGAAUGUUUUGGCUGCUGCUGCUGCUGCUUCUGGUGGCAGUGCUGCUGCUGAUAAUAUCCGGGAUCGAUUGGCGGGAGGAAGGAACGGGAAGCAGGGGAACGAAGGCGCAGUGUUGACGGAGGUUGAGCAGCUGCUGAGACGAGGGACGCCGCUUUCGUUGCGCGAGUUUCAGCGGCUGAAUGAGCUGCUACGUCAGCACGUGGCGAGCGGCGAAGCAGAGAGGGCAGAUGGCACGCAGGAGGAGAAGGAUGAGCAGAACGAGGAGGGGGAAGGGGAAGAGGAAGAGGAAGGGGAGGGGAGGCGGCAGGAAGAGGAGGAGGGGCAAGAAGGGAGGGUGGAAGCAUCUGCGGGGAAGAGAAGGAGGACUGGCGGCAGUGGUAGUUGGGUGGCGGCAGAUGGAAUGGGAGGGCGGGAAAAUGCAGUUACCACUGCGCACGUUGCACCUCGGGUUACACCUCGGGUUCCGCCUCGGGUUACACCUCAGGUUACGCCUCGGGUGACACUUGAUGACAUUUCUGGAGGUGCUGAUGGCGAUGGAAUGAACGUGUCGCCUGUAGACGUGGCGAGGGCGUUCAUGCGACCCAGUAUGGCCGCUUUUCCUGCAGCAAAAACACCACCCCUGGCACCAGUAGCAGCAGAAGCGGCUGAGAAGGGAGUGAGCCUCCGAGCCUGGACGCCGUACCAAACCCAGCUGACGCCAUCAACCAAGUCUCGCAAGCGCAGCAACGCACAACUGCAUGAACCCGCCCCAACCAGUUCUCCUGAUAACGUGUGCAAACCCGUGUCAUUGCCCCCCACGUUCGUUGGCACACAGGAGGACGAGGAGGACAGGCCAAGCCAGGACGCAGCAGUAGCAGCAGGCGGAGGAGCAGGCGGAGCAGAAGGAGGAGCAGCAGCAGGCGGAGCAGGAGCAACAGGAGCAGGAGGCAGCAAGAAGGCAGAUAGAGAAGCAGCUAAAACAGGAACGGACGCUGCUUCUGCAGCCCCUGCGGCUGGCGGGCAGCAGCGCGAGGGGGAGAAGGGCGAGGAGCAGAGCAAGGGCGAGGGAGGCAAGGAAAAGAGCACGGGUGCUACCACUGGAAGUGCUCCUUCCUUUGGCAUUUCCCCCACACCCUCCGUCCCUGCUUCCAACGCUUCUCAAUCCGCAGCACCAGCACCAGCACCUGCACUCACAGGAGGAGCUUCCGCAACAGCAGGACCGCUGUUCGGCAUCAAACCAGCAGCUGCAGUGGCUUCUCCUGCAGCAGCAGCAGCAGCAGCAGCAGGAGGAGGAGGAGGAGGAGCGGCUUUAGGGACAGCACCAGCACCAGCAGGGGCGUUGUUUGGCUUUAAACCCGCGGCCGCUGCUCCAGCUGCUGCAAAGGAUGCAGGAGUGGCUACCGCCUUUGGUGGCGGUGAUGGGGGGGAUAGGGGACGAAGGGGAGGAGAGGAGGGGGGUGAUGUCGGAAGGAGGGGAGGAGGCGAGGAAGAGGAGGCGGAGCCGAGGAGGAAGCGGAGGGUGUCGUCGUCACCUGUGGGAGGAGUGGGGGAGGGUGGUUCGCCGCCUUCACUCUUUGGCUUUGGAAAGCCUCCUCCUGCAGGGUCCUCCUCUCCGUCGGAAGCCGCAGCUCCACUCUUCGGGGCUGCUUCUGCUGCUCCUCCUGCCUCCGCCCCUGCCACCACAACCACCACCACUCCUCCUGCACCUACAUUUGGCUCGGCAUCCACAGCACCUGCUUUUGGCUCGGCAUCUACCGCACCUGCCUUUGGCUCGGCAUCCACCACACCUGCCUUCGGUUCGGCAUCCACCGCACCGGUCUUCGGCUCGGGAUCAACCGCACCUGCCUUUGGCUCGGGAUCAGCACCGUCAUUUGGCCUCAGCCCACCUUCCACCCCCGCAGCUGCUUCUGCUCCAAGCUCUGCCACCACAGCCACAGCUACAGCCACAGGAACUGGUUUUGCCGCCUCUUCUACCCCUUCCUUCGGUCUCGCUGCGCCAUCGUUCGCAUCCGCCCCCUCGUUUGGCACAUUCUUUGGUUCAUCUGCCCCUGCAUUUGGAUCGUCCGCCCCUGCUUUCGGCUCCUCUACCCCUGCAUUCGGCUCAUCAACAGCUGCUGCUACAGCUCCGCUCUUUGGGACCCCAGCCACCACCCCAGCACCUGUUUUCGGUGCCCCUGCUGCUGCAAGCACCGGUGCCGCUACUGGGUUUGCCUUUGGCGCUUCGGCAGCUUCAGCCCCCUCUGCCUCUACCACCCCUGCUGCUGCUGCCUCCUCGUCUCCCGCUCCUGUUUUUGGAUUCUCCGCUGGUUCUUCCGGUCCUGCCGCCGCACCUGGGUUCACGUUCGGCGCUGCCGCACCAGGAGCUCCGGCAGCGGCAUCUGCACCAGCAGCAUCGCCGUUUGGUUUUGCCGCCUCCCAGCCUGCCUCCUCUCCUGCUCCAUUCUCCUUCGGGGCCCCAGCAGGCCCAGCAGCAGGAGGAGGAGCAACAGCAGCCGCACCCUUCACCUUUGGAGGGGGGGGAGGGGGAGCAGCAGCACCAGGGGCACCUGCAGCAGCGGGAGCAGCAGCAGGUGCAAAUCCCUUUGCCUUUGGCUCCACUCCCUCUCCCUCUGCUGCUCCUGGCGCCUUCGCAUUCGGGUCCACCCCUGCUCCUGCUGCCUCUGCUGCUCCCUUUGGUUCAGCCCCAGCCUUCCCAGGAGCCGCUGGGAGCAGCAGCCCCUUUGGUGGAAUGCAGCAGAAUACUAUGUCUAUGGAGCCAGCGAGUACGAAUGGAUUCAACAUGUCAGGUGGCAUGCCGGCUGCAUCUACUCCUCCUGUCGUUUUCGGAGCCUCGCCGUCCCCGGCAGGGGCUAAUCCUUUUGCGUUCGGGCAACCUGCAGCUGGCGGUGCCGCCCCCGGCGCUGCCCCGUUUUCGUUCGGUGGUGCUGCUGCUUCCCCGUCGCCAGCGGGGAGUGGUGGGAGCGGUGGGUUUGCUGCGCCGUCUAUGGUGUUUGGAGCUGGUGCUGCUGGUGGCGGUGGUGGUGGUGGGGGUGGGGCUCCUGCUGGUGGUGGUGGGUUCUCGAUGGGCGCGGGUGCGCCCACGCCUGGGAGGAGAGUGGUCAAAGCCAAGAGGCCAACGGCCAGACGUCGUUAA